AUGUCAAAGAGGUAUGCCUUCAAUACUUUUUUCAUAUUAACACUUACAUUGCUCCUAUCACAAAAUGGUAUGUCGAUGGGAAAGGAAGAUGAGCAAGAUCAAGGGAAAGAACUACAUCUCACAAGAAUAAAAGAAUCAUAUAGCUUCUUGGAGGCAUCUUUAAACGGAUUGGAGGUUAAUGGAACCCAUUCUAAUUAUGAAAAUAUUAAACGGAAAAUAUCACACGUUGAUUUGAGUACUCUUCAUGAGACAUUAAUAAAAAAUUUGAAAUUUGCCAAAAUGGAGAAUAUUGUAAAUUUGAAAGAUGUUAUUUUGAACUGUAUCACCAAAACGAUUUUACACAUAACACGUGCAAUGGAUAGCAUUCUGGAAGAAGUACUACAAUAUGAUGAAUUUUGCACAACAUUAGAUAAACAUUUUUCAUAUUUAUACGAUAAGAACUUAACAAUCAAACAAGUAGUAAAAUCGUGCAAUAGGAUUACAAAAAAGAAACUUAUGGAUAAUUAUUUAUCUUUAUAUAACGAUGAUGUUAAUACAAUUUUGGCUCAAUUAAAAGAAAACAACAUCAAAUUUCAACACUUUGAUCAAAUUUCAAAUUGCUUACAUGAAUUUUAUAAAAAAAUUACCUCCUCUUUCGAUAAAUAUGUAUAUGAAACAACUUUAUACAAGGAAUUUAUGCUAAAUUUUAAAGAUUCUGGUAAUCCUUUAGUUCCUGUUAAUAAUGUUAAAACAUUUCUUAAAACUCUAGACUCCAACACUCCCGAACCAGUAAUAUUACUUUUCUUUGAUGAGCUAUUUAACAUUUACACUUCCAACACCUUUUCUCGUCCUUGCUUUUACGUUGAAUAA